UGUCUCCCCUUCGGAUUCCGUUACGUCGAGUCGACUUCGGGCUCGUCCAACUUCUUGAUCGCUAACGGAAUCCGGCUGCUCGAAUCCCCAGAACCUGUCGGCGUCGUGGCGAGAUCUGAUUGGGAGAGUUUGUCGGAAAAGGAUUCGCCGGUGUCGGGCUACAUGAGGCCAGUUCCGAAGUGUGCUUCUGCUGGGCAUAACUUCGAGCAGCUUGCUGCAUUCUUGGCUGAUGAGAAAUUGGAGCUUGCGCCUAUUGCUGCUGAUGACGGCGAGGUCCUGGAUUUGGUUACGGAUGAGAUUGUGCAGAGGAUUAGGAGCUAUCCGAAGCUCGGAAGCCCGUCGCUGGGCCCUGACGGAAGGUUCUUGGUGGGGGCAGCUAUCGGGACGAGGGAAGAUGACAAGGAGAGGUUGGAGCAUUUGGUGAAGGCCGGAGCGAAUGUGAUAGUGAUAGAUAGCUCCCAGGGGAACUCAACAUAUCAGAUUGAUAUGAUUAGGUAUGCGAAGAGCAGGUUCCCUGGAUUGGAUGUUAUUGGGGGGAAUGUGGUGACAAUGGCGCAGGCACAUAAUUUGAUAAAGGCUGGUGUGGAUGGGUUGAGGGUUGGGAUGGGGUCUGGGUCCAUUUGUACUACUCAGGAGGUUUGUGCUGUUGGCAGAGGACAGGCAUCAGCAGUGUAUAAAGUUGCAUCUGUAGCCAAGGAUUAUGAUGUCCCCAUCAUUGCUGAUGGUGGUAUCAGUAACUCUGGACAUAUUGUGAAAGCUUUGGUACUUGGGGCUUCUACUGUUAUGAUGGGCAGUUUCCUAGCGGGUAGUCACGAGGCUCCAGGAGUUUAUGAGGAUCAGGGUGGUAGCCGAGUUAAGAAAUAUAGAGGCAUGGGCUCUCUUGAAGCCAUGACUAAGGGGAGUGAUGCUCGGUACUUGGGUGACACAUUGAAGCUGAAGGUUGCCCAAGGAGUGGUGGGGACUGUGGCUGAUAAGGGAUCGGUGUUGAAAUUUGUUCCUUACACAAUGCAAGCUGUCAAACAAGGAUUCCAAGAUCUUGGUGCAUCUUCUUUGCUGUCUGCUCACAAUCUUUUAAGAUCAGGAGAGCUAAGAUUUGAGGUUCGGACAGGUGCCGCACAAGCGGAAGGAGGGGUGCACGGUUUAGUUUCAUACGAGAAGAAGCCCUUCUGAGGGCUCCAAUGAACCUCGUAGUUAUUCUUGCGGUGGCAGUCGUGGCAAAAAUAUGCAAGUUUGGUGAGAGUCUAAAUUAUUCCGGCUAUCUCGUUCAUCGCUUGGGAUUCUUUUCUUCCUCCUCAAAACUGGCUAGUAUGAGCUAAAUUUUGGUGUCCGCUUGCUGCCCCUCGGAGACUUGGUAGUUUUGUGUCGCAGUUCAAUAUCAAUAAGUCUUAUUAAAUUGUAGCUUGAACUUCAGUUAUUUUAUGUAUCAGUUUCCCUUAUAUUUGAGCUGUGAACGAGAGAUGCUGCUACUUAUAAUGAAAACAAUCUGGUUGUUGCAUUUGGGGAACAAUUACAGAUCUGGCUUUUGGAUCUCAGCGGUACUAUCUAAUUGCCCUCUCUGUGUAAAGCGCAAAGCUAUGUUGUAUUCUCUCUCAAAGCAACGCAGAUCAAGUAGUUUCUGGUUUCA